CUCCGAUUUUCUGAACAACAGGUGAUCCCUGUGUAUUCGAGCCAGAACUAUGGGAUUGUUUGACAAGCUAGCAGGAUGGCUCGGGCUGAAGAAAAAGGAGGUUCACGUUUUGUGCCUUGGCUUGGACAAUAGCGGCAAAACAACGAUCAUAAAUAAACUUAAACCUUCAAAUGCUCAAACUCAGGACAUUGUUCCAACAAUAGGAUUCAAUAUAGAGAAAUUCAAGACUUCGAGUUUAUCUUUCACAGUGUUUGAUAUGUCAGGUCAAGGGAGAUACAGAAAUCUAUGGGAACAUUACUACAAAGAAGGCCAAGCCAUUAUUUUUGUCAUUGAUAGCAGUGACAAAUUAAGAAUGGUUGUGGCCAAAGAAGAACUUGACGCCCUUCUGAAUCAUCCAGAUAUAAAGCACCGUCGACUGCCUAUUCUCUUCUUUGCUAACAAGAUGGACCUCAGGGAUGCAAUGUCAUCUGUGAAAGUAUCUCAGUUAUUGUCAUUGGAAAACAUCAAAGACAAGCCCUGGCAUAUCUGUGCCAGUGAUGCUCUUAAAGGGGAAGGAUUACAAGAAGGUGUAGAUUGGCUCCAAGAGCAGAUACAAGCAAGGAAGACAUGAGAGAUAACUGAAAGAUGGCGUUCUUUUACAGACUUUGUCAUUAGGUGCACAAGUUCCUUGGAAAAGAAUAAUGAUUUAGAUAAAAGUUCAGCUAAAUAUACUCUGUUGACUUGUUCCCUUUUAGUAUCUCUUCCCAGAAAACUGAAUGUAGACAACAUAGCACCUCAGGUAUGCGCACUGAUGAAUUGAAUCUUGUGACUGGAGAGCAUAUGUAUUAAAAAGUAUAUAUAUUUCUGUUAAACAUCUGCAUUCAUUUGAGUUUUAGGUGAUAAUCAGCUGUCGUGAAAUGCCCCUCUGUUUUUUGGGGGGAGCAUUUGGACACCUUUUGAUCAAAUGGGAAUAUUUAUUUUCCUGAGAAUGAUCAGCACUUUCUGAAAUACAGCUGCACGAGAUACCUACUGAUUUUAGGUGCCCAUUUUUAGGUAUUUCUGCAUUUUUCUUAUUGUAAAGUCUGAUGUUGGGGUUUUAGUAACCAUCUACAAUAGGCUUCUAGAGGAAUAUUUUGAUGUAAGAUACAAGGAUUUGAACGUUCAGUGUAUUUGUUAUAGAUGAUUGCAGAUGUUUUUGAGGAACUGCUUUUAAUGAAAUGUUACAAAUUGUUUCUGUAAUAUGCCAUGGUUAUAUUUGCAUUCAAUAAAACUUCAAAUAUACAACAUGCCAUGGUAAUUUUAAACUUAUAUAUGUUCAUUGAUGGUCUUUAUGUCUUAAAUUUUUUGGUUUUCUGUUAGUUUCCUUUGGAAUUUGUCCAUUUUCCAAUGGAAAUAGCACUGUAUACUGUAAUAAAAUGGCAUCUCCUUUUCCAAGUGCUUUAUUUUGUUUUUAAUUGACUAUAUUUGUUACCGUUUCUAAUAAACUAGACUGUUUUGCCAGAUAUUUAAGGCGCAUAUGGUUGAAAGCUACAUUUUGAAAGCACAGUUAAGGGACGGUUUACUAGAUCAUUAAUAUGAAAUGUCUUGUACUUCUCUUGUGUAUAAAAACUGUUCUACUUUCAAGACUAAUUUUUCCUAAAUUUUCUGAUUUCAAAGAUGUAUUAUAGGUAACAAAUGAAGACCUUUAUUUUUGUUAUGCUACCUCUUUCCCUUUUACCCCUCCUCCCUUGCCCAAGAAACAAGCAGACUGGCACUGUACUGAUCAGCUGAUUCCUGUGGGAGAUGUAAUAUAUGGGUCUUGCAAAAGCUUCCUCCCCUCUUUAUUCACAUAUGAAACACACAUAUGUUUGUAAGCAUCCCUUCUAGGGCUCACUUAAUAGAGGAAUAUUUGGAGCAAAGGGCCCUGCCUGAAAUGGUAGAACAGUUUUAUGUACUUUUACCCCUUAUUAAACAAUUAAAAUUAACUCGCUUUGCUAGAGGGAGGUUAAGUCUUGCUGUAAAAAAACCCUUUCUUACAGGAUUCUGUAAUUCAGACAGUUCAGUCUUUGUGACGCCUUUGGCCUUCUGUCAGCUCUGAAUCUAAAUAUCUAUACAAAAUCGAAUACAAAGGAGGAAAAACCCCGUAAUUCUGAGACUUUUUCUAGCUGAAUUGUGGGGCAGAUAAUUUUCUGGUUUACUUUGCAUUGGUUAAUAUAGUAACAAAAUAAUCCUUGUUGGAAACCUUUUGCUGAGUGUAAGUAUUUUGUAAUUAUUUUGGUUCACUUAUAUGGCUUAUUUAAAUAAAAUGUUUCAUUUUAAGUUGGCAUUAUUUAUUUUCUACCACAGAAAAUGUAAGUCCUAAUAUAAAAGCACUGACUUUCUUGAAUAAACCAGACCUUGAUGGCUUUCUGACUA